GUUCGGUUGGUCUGAUGAUGAUGAAGAAGAAGAAGAUCAAGAAAGAGAGCUUUCUCCAUCUCAUACGAAAUCAAGUAUUGUCACGCCAUGCGCGACAAUCGUACACUUUCUUUCAGGCAUGCGUGACAGAAACUCAUUCAAGUGAAUAUCAAACAUCCGCAAAUCUUUUGUGCAUAAAUCGCCUCGUAAAAUGCAGAUUUCUUUCUCAUUACGUGAACAAUCGUGUUUAAGACAAAGCAGUUAUAUUCAAAAAGCCACCUGCCUUGGAAGAAACGGAUUUCUGAAAAAAAUCGAGACGACACGUGAAAAAGACCUUACUUCGGUCGAUGUUGGCGCUGAGACUACAGAAUACAUUUUAUUACGAGUCUUCCCGUUAUUGGUCGAGGCUAACAGUUACGGAGCAUAAACUGAGACAGGGACGUGAUACUUAAACAAGGGAAGACUUUCAGAGAGCAUAGGUUGUAAUAACUCGUUAAGAGUUACCAUAAGUUGUUUUAGCUCCAAAGGAAGAUGACGUUGGAGAAUUUGUAUCUAUUUUUUCUAAUUUGUUGUCUUCACAUCGCUGUACUUGGAGUUAGCCCUGUCAGAAAACUUACCUCAGAGGACUUGAAAAACAUUGGGGAAUCCACGAACCAAGAUUACAUUGCUGUUUUCUUUGAUAAACCAUGUAAGUUUACCUCCUCUCAUGAUUAUUGAAGCUGUUAUCGCCUUUAGGCAAGUAUUAAGUAAUGCUCACUCUGUUUAUUUCCUGUUUUCGUUAGAUGUAGUUAUUUAUGAAUUGUUUUAUAUUUUGUCUAAGCUAUCAGACAGGGGAAUCCAAAGUUUGCCAAAGAAUUUGACAAAUCGUCGGACAUUUUAGAGUCAUUUGGAAUUGAAUUAUGCAAGGUGAAGACUAUUUUACGCUUUUUAAACCGAACCGCUGCUAGACUUAAUCAAUAUUUUACAAAAUUAUCGUUGCUCCCAAUUACUUCCCUCUAUAUUACAACUAAAUCGAAAUUAUUUCAAACACAUCAUGUUUACAAUCGAAUUGCAGGUAAACUGUGCAGAAGAGUCCAUUUCUCAAUGUUCUAAUAAGGAACGAAACAUUUUCGUGUACAGGUAAUGCUUUCAAGAAAUGAAGUCAUAAACGCGUAUUGUGUCGCAUUGAAGUUAUCGCAAAACCAUCAACGUUUUGACUCGAAAUUUAUUUUAUUAAUUUGACCAGGAAAGGCGAUCCGAUUCCUUCAGAAGGAAUCGAUGUCAGCCACUUGUUCGACGAAGAUUCGAUCGUGGCUAACCUCUUACAGUAAGUAUCAUAAAGCUUGCCGAGAGAUUACGAAUGUGAGAAAACCACACGUGGUUUGUUUCUAAAUUCGACAUUAAAGAUUCAUUUUUAACUCCCUGUAGCUUGGAUGAAUUUAAAAGAAGAAGUAUCUAUUGAUUUUGGAAAUUGGCAAUCGGAACGUGUAACAUUUCUCUUUUGUUUAAUUUCCACACUUUAUAUUGUUGCGACUUGUAUUUAAAAAUCGAAGGCCUUUGUUUGUCUUUUGUAAUCCUGUUCUUUCAAUACCUGCAGGUGGUUUUUGCGUAUAAUAUGAUUUUGCCCAUAUAUUAGGUUUCAUAUAUUAGUUUUCUGUGAUAUAAACUUCUUGGAAAAAAAUAGCAGACAUUUUUGAGCUUUCAGAGGCUGGUAAUAAUUUGUCAUCCAAAAUUUUUUAAUUAUUUUUACUCAAUAUAGCUGUUUUCAAUACCAACAAAUUGCAAUUAUGUAAUAGCUAUUACGAAAGACAUUUAAUUGGUUUCCUUAAAGUCAAACAUACAGAUAUUCAGAUAUUCAGGAAAACGACUGACCUUAUUAUAGUUGUUAAAUACAACUUAAUUCUUCUCUCUUUUUUUUUUUUUUCUUGCUCAUUUAAAAUCCUUUAAAUGUGUGGCCUUUUGACCUUUUUACUCUCACCAGUGAUCAAACUGUAGUUUCUCCUCAUAUUAUUAUCACACUGUCCAGCAGAAAUUUGUUAAGAAGUACUAAAAACAUCCCUUGUGGAUUCUUGUCUGAUCUAGUAUCAAGUUCUUACAGUUAGAAUUAUAAGUAAAGUGUGGCAGAUAGUAGGGAGAAUUUGUAUUGAGAUCCCAGGGAAAGAUUCCACCGAACAAUUGUUUCAACAACCUCUAGGUGUUUGAAAUAAGCAUCAGUGCAGUCUACAAUCUGUCAAGCACGAUGUAUGACUCUAUCCAGGGCAAAGUGUGGUAUUUUUUGUGUUCACUCAUCUUUCUGGCAGCAUUGUGUUUGUGGCAUAGCAAUUUCAGGGCCAUUAUUUAAACAAGAGGGCCAGUAUGUUAUCCCUAAUCCUUUACACCUAAAGAUCAACAUGCAUAUUCUCCAUACUGUUCUCUAUACAUUUCACAGGGUGUUGACACAGAGAAUUAAUUUCAUAAUCAAGAGCUUCUGUAGUUGGUGAUCAUCUCCUUUAUUCUCAUAACCUAAAUGUUUGAUUCAUGGGUGGUAUUGUAAGGAGAAGCUGGAUACAUGUCACUCUUAAGGGUUAAUCAGUGUCUUUUUUUCUGUUCAUGUCUUUAUUUCAGGUAUGUGUUAACUGAUCACUACUAUUUCAUUUUUGACGAAGACUCAUUUAAUAGAGUUCUUGCUGUAGAACAGGGAUAUAAAGAUGUCGUCAUCUGUUAUGUCAAAGGACUAGGAAUAAAAGGUGACCCUAGUUUUUUUUUUUCAUAACCAACACCUGUCUUAUCACCCCCUCACAAUUAAGUGUAAAUUAAAACCUCUUGCUCCAGUUGUCAAGGGGUCCUGUCUCACAGGCAUGAAUGUUACAAAUUGACUUUGUUUGUUUGACAGUCUGUUGUUAAUAUUUGAGCACAGAAGAAUUGAAAAUACAACCCAGUGUAACAGUUGUAAAUACAAAUGUUUUUAAUCCUUUUGCAACACCUGGAAGUCUUAAAACCUGCUUCAGGUUACCAUCUAAAACAAAGAUUUUCCUUUACUUUCCUGUCACAACCGUAAGGAAAAAAAAUUGUGCAACUUCACUAUAUGAUUUGCCAAAUUUUUCCAGUUCCACUUGCAGCAAUUUUUUUUCACAAUUUUUACCCUGAAAGUCACUGUCUCCAUUUUUUUAUACUUAUUUGCUGGAUACAAAGAGGCCACCUUCUGGAAAUAUGAAACCUUAAAUUGCUUGAUUUUCAAUCAAGUCCCCUUUUAUCUCCAUUUCCAUUUGCCUCUUAGCUAGGUCAUCUAGAACUAAUCUCUCUCCACAGACUGAAUACUGAAAAAUGGCUGCAGAUUAUCCAAAAUGGAAAGAAAUUCACCAAGUUACCAUGACAAUGAUAUUUGAGAUCUGAAAUUUUUAAUAAUAAGAUAUAGUUACAAACUAUACUGCAGACAGCAGGAUUCCUUUUGUACUUAGUGAGAGACUCCUGGCUUACUUUUGAAAAAUACUUCAUUUAAAUCCCUGACUAAAUACUCUUUGGAUACCUUUCAGAAUUUUCAAGCGAGCUCUCAGAGCAUUGCAUUCAAAUUCAAGAUGUCAACAUUGUUUCCCAACCACACAUUCACAAGUUUAUGAUUUGUUGAAUUAAAAUUACCAAAUGCUGGUGAAAAGAUACUCUCAGUGUGGCCCAAAAGUAUCUGAUGAGUAUUUUGGCCAUCUCAAGACACAGUAUUAUACUAUUAAUAGCUACUGAGUGUUUUUUCAGAAGUAUUUGAAAAUUUUUUUGAGUAUAUUAGUUGGUAAAUUAGUGACGUGUUAUUGCUGUUAGUGUUUCGUUUUCAGGUUGAUUUUAUGGUUUCUUUUUUCUUUAAACAGAGCAUCGACACUUCCUUGAAUUAGUGCAUUACUUUAAAAACGAGGUGUUCUUUGGUCUCACAACAGAUGAAGAAUUGGUGAAGAAAAUUGGGUUAGUGAAGAAAAUUCUGUUAGGCAGUACAGGUCUUUGUGCUUUAAACAUUGCUUUGGGACUGUGUGGUUCAUGUUGUUGUGGAGGUCCUAGAUCAGAAUAGAGUCACAUUGCUCAUUCUGAAAUGCAUCUUUUGUGAUCAAAAUAAAUAGUGGAAUUGAAUUUUUAUUAUGUCAUGGCCACUGGCCUGAGAAAUCAGCAUACUGUAGAUAAGAAAACUGAGAUACCUCAUUUUGAUAGUAAUUAGCAUUUCUACUGUAUAUGCAGUUAAAAUUUUUUCCUCAACAUUCUCCAUACAUUUCCUAAGACGCCAGCUGGAGAAUUUGUUGUUAAACAAUCAAGCUUCCUCAGUUGGUGAUCAUUUCCUUUAUUUUCAUGAUCUUACUGGAUGAUUCAGCUGUAUUACUUUAAGGGGAAAUCUGUGGGGCUUGAAUUUAGGGUUGCUAAACUUUAACAGCCUGCACAUUUCCCCCAUUUUGAUACUCUUCAAUUUCUGGGAUUACCCCUGUAAGCUAUAAGCACUUUCCCAUAUUUAGCCUCUUUGAUGAUUUUUUUGCAAGUUACUGAUCUCAAUUAUUUUGUCUGAUCUUUACAAACAGUCUCUUCACAAACCAAAAGGCAGCUGUAUAUCUUUUUCACUGUAAACAAAUGAAAAAUACCCAAGACAAAUGCCCAUCCACCAAGUUUACAGGAAAAGUUGAAAAAACUCCAUUGAUAAGAUUCGUAAGGAGCCAAGAACUUCCAAAAUAUGUGAGUACCUGUUUAAUGAUACUGAUAAAAAGUUGUUCUGAUGAUGCUAAUGUCUGGAGAAUUUAGAUUAUAUUCCCAACCCAUGCCCCAAAAAAUGUUUUUUUUUUGCCAAUUUGUUUCUGUUUCAUCCCAUAAACCGCAUUCAUUAACAUGGGUGCUUGAGAGUUAAAACCAAAAAAUUUAUUCAACUAUCUGGGAAAAGAUAACUCACACAAUUGUUUAAUAUGGACUCUGAGUAAAAUUUUCUUUGUUUUAUCUCUUUUAAACCAUGUUUGAAUUUGUUUCAGUUGAUUGCUGUGACAAAACUCUACAGCAGUAAUGAAAAUUUUUUAUAAAUUCACUUUUUUACACCAUGGGAAUUGUGAUGUCAACUUGUCUCCCUGACAUGUUGCCAUGAUUGAUUUACUGCUUCAUGUCUCUAGGCCUUCCCACUCACAAAAAAAUCCAAAUUGCUUUUUCUCUGGGAUAUUUUGCAAACUUUAAGGGAGUUCUGUCCCAAAAGAGACUCUCAAAUCACAAAAGGAGGGUCAGUAUCUAUUUGUCAUUGUGUGAUCAUGGUUAGGUCCUGGGGAGAUAUUUGUACCUCACUUGGUUUUUAUAGACCAAUAGCAAGGUAUUUGAUAAUUGGGACACAAAGUAACCAAGUUUUCUCUAGGUUUAAGGCUAUGCUGGGUCAUUGGGAUGUGCUUGUUAAUUUGGUAAUAAAUUUUUACUCAAACUUUGAUGCUGGGAAGAAAAGAAAAGGGUUUCAUUAAUGGUUAACUUGCUGGACUCAGGAUCAGUAGGUCCUGGUUCAAGACCUGUCCAGGUCAUUGUGUUGUGUUCUUGUAAAAAACAAUGGUAUAUGUUGACAGUGCCUCUUUCCACCAAGGUGUAUAAAUGGGGACUGGCUAACUGUUAAGAUAACUUGACCAAGUGCUGGAGGGUGAUGUUGCACUGACUGUCUCCGAGGGAUGAAGGGGGGUGGCAUAGCCACACUCUUUGUUGCUUUAUGCUGCUUAAACUGGUACAAUCUUAAGAAAAUGAGCCAUCAAUGGCUUGUAAGCUGACUUCACCAUUUUUGAGCAAUUCUUGUAUGCCUCUUGCAGGUAAUUCUUCCAAGUAACAGAUCAACUGUGUUUGACUCCCUGCAACCCCCUGUCGACAAAUUGUUUGUAUUCACGGAUAAAGUUGCUGAUCUUGACACAAAGGAGAUUGAGCAAAUGGCUCUAGAGUUUCAAGGUGCUAUUGGAGUGAUACUUGUCAAUGUGUAAGUUUUCUUGGAUUAAUGUCAAUAUCUGAGUAAUUGCAUACCCACCCCUCCCCUAACCCAACAAUAGUCAACUGAUAACGAGUUUGGGUUAAGGUUGGUUUAGGGGUAGGAUUAAUAUCAGUAACUGAACAACUGCAUACCCACCCCUCCCCUCCCUCCUUUUCUUAGAUUAAUGUCAGUAUCCGAGUAAUUGCAUACCCACCCCUCCCUUAACCCAAAACCAGUCAACUGAUAACAAGUUUGGGUUAAGGUUGAUUUAGGGGAAGGGUAGGUGCGCAGUUUUUCAAAUAUCGACAUUGAUUUGAUUCGUUUUCUUAGACUCACAGAAGUGACUCUUUGGCUGGUUUAAGUUAUGUAACCAACCCCACUUUGUAACUUUUCCCUACUAAGAUCUUGUUAGUAAUUCUCUUUACUGUCUGCCAUACAUUUCUGUAGAGGCUGGUUCAGAGAAUGUGGUAUUGGAUCAACUAAUAAUCCCCCAAUUGAUAUUUUUCUUAAUUCUCUUCACGUUCAUUCCUAGAGCCCCUGCAACGUUUGUCCAGUGUAACGACCGCUGGUGAAGUGAACGGGGGCUUUUGGAGAGAGAUUGAUACAAUUGUUGUAUUACACAAAUUAAUGUUGUUUUUUUUAAAUUUCUCUCUUUGCAGAAAUGACCAAAAAGACAUGUUAGCGUCGUUUGGUUUGGCCCAAGACAGCAAUUUUCCAACAGCAGCUUUUGUAGCAGCAAAGGGAGAUGGUGAUAACAGGGUAUUUGCAUUUAUAACGAGAUAAAUCACACUCUCGUAACAUAUAGUUUCUUGAAUUUUGUUUGGUCUGUUUGGUAUGUCACACAGUACUGUCAGCAAGUUGCGUGACACCCUAAAGAGCGACUGCUAAAGAGACUGUAGCUGGCGGGCGGGACGUGAUUAUUAGCGCUGCAUGAUGCGCGUUUCUCGGCCCGCGGAAAGAUUUGAGACGAGUCGGGGAAUGGUCUACCGGGGGUCUGGCACCAAUAAUCAUUACCAGACCCCUCGCCAGCUCUCGCCGCUCUUGGCCUCGUACUUUUGUCCGCAUAAAGAAAAUUUCUUGCCGAAGCGCUGGUUAUCAAGGCCUACUCAUAAACCACUAAGGUUGAGGAGGGAUAGCUCUGUGGGUUAAGUACCGUAAGCUGGACUCAUUUUGAUAACUGUAAGAAUUUUUUUUCAAAUUCCAAUAGGUUGGUUCUCAACACAGUACUGUGCUUUUAAAAAUAUUAUUAUUGCUUUGUUUGUUUGUUCGUUUGUUUUUAUAUUUGUUUCCCACUUUUCUUGUUUCACUUAGGAAAGUACACGAGUUUCUUUCUUCCUUUGAUACACUUAUCUUCUUUAACUAACCAAUUGUCCUUUUUUUUCAUUCCCUUAGACAUAUAUAGAAUUGUUCCCUGAAAAUAUCGCAAGAUUUACUUUAAAUAAUUUGAAACAUUUCAUCAAACCUUUGAUAGAUAAUCCUACUGCUGAGUACAACAGAAUUGGUAAGAGUUAACUCAACGUUUUUUGUAUUAAUAACUUAUUUCCAAAGUAGUUAAUUUAAUGAAAGAUUGAAAACGAAACAGGCAUCUUCUAUACAGGCGCAUAAAAGUCCCUCGGUGGUUUAAGAACUGCGUUAUUAUGAUAGCGGUUGAUUGUUUACUGCACAGGAGAAAAAGAAUGUGUGAUCACCACAAUUUCGAAUCUGACUGUUUUGAGGGAAUAAUGAAGAUUUGAUUCAAACUCAUUAAGCUGUCCGCUUAGUGGAGCUUUCAGCCAAAUUACUAAAUUAGCCGAGGUUUGCCAUAUUUUACUCGCCCAAUUAUUUGUUUUUGUUUACCGAGUUCCUUGCAAGGCUACCGCCAGCUAAGGGAGUCGAUCUCGCGUACUCAGAUGCCCUCAGUAUAUCUUGGAGCGCUUUCUGAAGAGGUUUCAUUUAACAAGAGGCUAAAGUACAGGGUUAUUGCAACAGCCAAUAAGAUCACAAUCCUAGGAAACCAAUCAGAACUCAAUUUAAUUCACGUGAUCGGCCUUAAGCGCGGGAAAACUCGGAAAACCAAGUCGAGGUUGAUUUUACAGUUGCAUCUUAUUGGUUGAGGGAAUGACAUCAGUUUACUUGAUCAAUCACAGAGCGUAAUGAGGCAAAAACAAUGCAAUCCCUGAUGACUAUUGACAGCAAUGAAGAUUCAUCUACUGUGUUUUAUUGAUUGAUUGAUAUAUUGAUUCAUUUAGCCGAGGCCUCGUCUCUUCAGAAGCUCACAUACGCAAGCUACAAAGACGCUAUGAAAAGCCUGGAUACGAACUAUCUCUUUGCGCUGGACUUUUUGAUGGUAGUUUUCUGCAAGGAAGGUAACUAAUUACUGAGAUUUACACGCACACGUGCACUAAAUUUCUAAAGUUCGAGUCUGCAUGUAUUUCUGACCAGCGUACAAAAUAGUCGUCAUUUGAGGCAAGCGCGAGGCGAGCGCGAAGAGUCACGCGCCACUCUCUCGCGCGUAACUCUCAUAUCUCGCACGCUUCUCUUAGGCUCUUACUUGCUUGAAUUCGUAAGAGGGACGCCUGUGAUCGAUUUUUUCGGCCUGCGCCUAGAGAAACGCUCCAACUUUAGCUUCAAAUUCUUAACUUUUUUACACAUACAACUUUUGCCAUCCUUGAAAAUCUUUGCCCUUCCGACAUGCCUACAGCAUUUCAACGCAUUCUUGAAACAUCUUGUAAGUACAAUUUAACUCGGAAUGACAGUUUUAAUGUUUUGCUUACUGCUUUAGCAACUUUAACUGCUUUUAUUCAUGAGUCACAUACUUAAACUAACAUCUCUCCUAAAUACAUCACACACCUGAAAAUGGCACCUCUUGCUGGUUUCUCCUUGUUUAUGGCGUGCACAUGACGAUAGAUUUCAACUUUGUUAAUUUUUGUGUUUAUUUUAUUUUAUUUUUUUUUUUUUUCAUAGAUCACGAACCCUGUGAGAAAUUUUCCAGAACGUUACGACGUAUCGUUCGCACUUUUGAUAGGGGUGGAGAGGGAAGAAUCACCUUUGCAUAUGUCAAGACCACGCGGCAGAAAAAGAUGUUUGUAAGUUUUUGGAGUUAAGCGAUUGUUCUUUGAAAUCUGUGUUGAAACCGUAACGGAAUCCUACUCAACUCGUUAAUUCUUAAUCCAAGAAGACUUUGGCAUGAUUCACUUCGUCUCUCGAGAUUUAGGCAGCUGUUUAUUUAUGGUAGAUGGAAUAUCGAUUGGCAGUUGCGGAACCAAACUAAAUUUAUAGAAAAUGCCAUUUAGGUGAACAGAGGAAAUUAUAAGGAAAAAAAGCCAACUUAAUACAAAGACUUGUCAACCGCUCGAAGCGCGGGAAAACGCGAGUGAACAAGUGUUGAUCAAUUUUAGUAUUGCACCUGAUUGGUUGAGAAGUUGGUGUGAGUUUUCUAGACCAAUCACCGGAAAAAGAAAAGCGAAACGAAAGCAAUUCCGGAUUACUCUCCACUCCCAAUAAAAAUAUAGUCUUGGAUUUAUAAGUGAUUUAUUUUGAUGAAAGUCUCGCGCCAGGUCAGGGAACAAUUAAUUGAUCAGUAUAUUUUAACCUCGAUAGCAGGAAAUUAUUUCAAGAGUUAAUAUUUUGAAAGCUUAUCAUUUGCUUCUCUCUGUCAUUUCUUCAGGAAGGAGAAAAGUUACCAGUUGUUUAUCUGUAUUUGACCAAGUCCGAAGACGAUUUCAUCCAGUACACAAGUGAACUUGAAUAUGAAGCAAUGAUGAAAUUCAUAAUCGACCAUACAAAGUAAACAAAUGUUACAAACACACUCGUAAUAGGCUAUUUCCAUCUCUUCUCCUACUCAGGGAAACUCAGAGAACUCAAAUAAAAAAUCUUAGUUUCUCCGUUGAGAAGAUGUCGUUUCUUUUUUGCUUUUGUCUUUUUUUUUGUUUAUUUUUUUUCAAAGUGGAGAGAAACGUUUUGGGCUCUCCUUAACAGCUAUUUAUCGAACUGAUGUUUGAAUAUCCCAAACUUAUAUGAAUUAUUGAUUUUCCAAGGAUCAAGAGACCUGUUUCACUGCCUCCAAGCUUGUCAGAUGAGGCACUAAUUUCAUUCCCACACACCAACGAAGAAAACGAAGACAGCGAAGAAUAUAUCGACAAACUAGACGAGGAGGAGGAGAGUGAAUCGGAGACAUCUCAAAGCAGUGAAGAAUCUGUGGAUGAAGUUUAUUUACCAGGUAUGAUGCUCGUUUCGCGAAAGUAAUGUGUAGCAUAGGAUUAAACCAGGUUUAGAUCAGCUUGAGCAGCACCAAGUGUAUAUGAAACAGUCUGCCGAUUACCUCGUAUGCUCCUGAGUAUCUUCCGCUCCACAAUUCGUUCCUUCGUCCCUUUGCCUUUUCGUCUGUUCAAUCCUUCGUCCCUUCGUCCCUUCGUCCCUUCGUCCCUUCGUCCCUUCGUCCCUUCGUCCCUUCGUCCCUUCGUCCCUUCGUCCCUUCGUCCCUUCGUCCCUUCGUCCCUUCGUCCCUUCGUCCCAUCGUUCCUCCGUCCCUCCGUCCCAUCGUUCCUCCGUCCCUUCGUCCCUUCGUCCCUUCGUCCCUUCGUCCCUUCGUCCCUUCGUCCCUUCGUCCCUUCGUCCCUUCGUCCCUUCGUCCCUUCGUCCCUUCGUCCCUUCGUCCCUUCGUCCCUUCGUCCCUUCGUCCCUUCGUCCCUUCGUCCCUUCGUCCCUUCGUCCCUUCGUCCCUUCGUCCCUUCGUCCCAUCGUUCCUUCGUCCCUUCGUCCCUCCUUUUCUUCGUCCAUUCGUAUCUUCGUUUCUCCGUCCCUUCGUCCCUUCGUCCCUUCGUCCCUUCGUCCCUUCGUCCCUUCGUCCCUUCGUCCCUUCGUCCCUUCGUCCCUUCGUCCCUUCGUCCCUUCGUCUCUUCGUCCCUUCGUCCCAUCGUUCCUCCGUCCCUUCGUCCCUUCGUCCCUCCUUUUCUUCGUCCAUUCGUAUCUUCGUUUCUCCGUCCCUUCGUCCCUUCGUCCCUUCGUCCCUUCGUCCCUUCGUCCCUUCGUCCCUUCGUCUCUUCGUCCCUUCGUCCCAUCGUUCCUCCGUCCCUUCGUCCCUUCGUCCCUUCGUCCCUCCUUUUCUUCGUCCAUUCGUAUCUUCGUUUCUCCGUCCCUUCGUCCCUUCGUCCCUUCGUCCCUUCGUCCCUUCGUCCCUUCGUCCCUUCGUCCCUUCGUCCCUUCGUCCCUUCGUCCCUUCGUCCCUUCGUCCCUUCGUCCCUUCGUCCCUUCGUCCCUUCGUCCCUUCGUCCCUUCGUCCCUUCGUCCCUUCGUCCCUUCGUUCCUUCGUCCCUUUGCCCCUUCGUCCCUACGUCCUUGCGUCCCUUCGUCCCCUCUUUUUUUUUCUAUUCGUCCCCUCGACCCGUCGUUUCUUCGCUUCUUAGUCCUUUGGAUUACUCCAAUACUGUUUUUUUUUUUGGUCGUUGUUGUUUCAUUUUUCUUUUUCCUCUUUUAACUGUAUUUCAGAGGAAGAGACAGAAGACGAUGAAGUUUCGGAGGCAGUUCUAAAGGCAAAACCCACUGUUGUACCUGAGACCCUGGUGCCUGCAUUGACUGACAAAACGUUUGAUACCGUCAAGAAAGAAAAUGAUCUAUUGGUUGUGGACUUCUUCCAACCAUGUAAGUUGCUUCGGCAAAUUAUGAAAUUGUAUCUUAACUCUGAUGUCACCUCUUGAUGUGGUGAUUUGUCGCAUCAAAAUACAACAAAUAGAAGAAAGUAUCGUUUGUCUCACGAUUUAGUCACUUCUGUCAAAAACCAACCAUUUGAAGCGCACCAAUAUGUUUUGCAAGAUGAAUUGUGGCCUCUUGACCUAAUUUUCUAAAGAAGACUCGAUUUAUGCUGUCCAAACGUCGCCGUGCCCAUCAAAAGUGACUUCAUUGUGAGACAAGCGAUGAAAACCUACCAUUCGACCUAUUAAGAUGUUCUUCCUCAUCGUGUUCAUGUGUUGUUACUUUCUCUAUUGUAGUUGUUUUUCUUUGCUGCUGGGCAAUUGUAUUUUGCCCUUCCUGUUACCAAUCUUGGUUAUUAUAACUCAAGUUUUAUCCCCCCUGGAUGGGAUGCCAGUCCAAGGCAGAUUGAUGUUCCCCUGUAUUUCUUCAGUCUUUUUUUGACCAUUCACUGGUACCCAUUUAUACUCCCGGGUGGAGAGAGCAUGGGGACAGUAAAGCGUUUUGCCCAAGAACACAACACUUUGACCCGACCAAAUCUAACCGUUAGACUGCUGCAAUCAGAUUUAAAUGUAAUUUUUUUCUCGCUUUUUUUCGCGAAAUUUGACUUUCUUUCAUUUCAUUUUCUUUUCAGGGGAUGCACGUUGUAAAGCUUUUCUACAACCAUAUGUUGAUGCUGCUACACACAUAAGUAAGUAUCUGCAAACCUUACCUCUCAUCGAACCUGUACUAAGCAGUCACCCUGUAUUUAGCGGUCAGUUGUCAAAGUCCCGUAUUUGAUUCCUCAUAAUCACAGUAAUUUUCACGUCUAUUACUGGGUCCCAACGGCCUAUUUUUAUUGUCUUCUACCUGUAUUGAACGGUCAUUUAAGGUAUGACCACUCAAAUGAAACUAAGAAAAAUAUGUUAAUUAAUUUUUAAUCCAUAUUUCUCUCCCAAAAUUAAAGUAAGGAGUAUUU